CAUUACACAAAGGAAUAAGCAGCAAGACAAAGGAGUUUCCUCAGUUAUUGCUAACACAUUUCAGCAAUCUCAGAUAUGGCUACAACAACAACAAAUCCAAAAAUAAGCUUGAAACUUCUCAUAGACACCAACUCCAACAAGGUUCUCUUCGCCGAGGCCGGAAAGGACUUUGUCGACCUCCUCUUUGGCCUCCUCGCGCUUCCCCUAGGUACCUUCUUGGCACUUCUGACCGAACAUGAUGACACGGCUGCUACAUUUGGGUCGUUGAGCAGAGUCUACCAGAGUGUCCAAAACCUAGACAAUGACUAUCUACAACCAAACCAGACCAAAGACACCCUCUUAACACCCAAGAUUGGUGCAUCUAACACUGCCCAAACCCCUCUGUUGAAGCAAUUUUUAGAAAUGGCAGACUCACCAAACCAGACCAACUCCAGUCAGAGUCAGAGUCAGUAUGAUUACUAUCAGAGAAAUGCGAAUGCGAAUAUGGUGCACGGGUAUGUUAAAGGAGUGGUGACUUACAUGGUGAUGGAUGAUCUCACGGUCAAACCUAUGUCCUCCAUUUCUAGUAUUGCUCUUCUCAACAUUCUUAAGGUCAAGGACAUUACCAGCCUCCAAGAGAAGACAGUGACGGUUGACAUGGACGAGGGUUUGAAGCUGUUCAUGAAGGCCUUCUCUAAGUCUACUACAGUCCUCACAGAUAUGUUCCUUCCAAUAAAGCCCAAUGUGAACAAAGACCAGGGAUCCUGUCAACUUCAAGAAUGCUUCAAUGCUUGAUUUAGGUUGCUAUUAUAAUUAAGAAGAAAAAAAAUUAAAAGUUAGUAAUUUUAGUGUCAGUCCAUCUUAAUGGGUAUGGCAAGAGCCAUUUUUAGACGACAGUGCCUUUGGGUGUGUUUGAUCUUUGUCGCUGGAUUGUGAGUGAAUUGUGUAUUUGAUCUAAAAACUCUUUCUUCCUGUUCUCCUUUCUCUUCUGAUCUUUUUGGUUCUGUAAAUUCAGGUUCUUACUUCUUACUAUGUGACAUUUCAUUUUGGCCA